UUCCUAUAAAACUCCCUUCCUCCUCUAACACACUGUGUAAAAUCUACAGAUCACUUGAUUCGUUCGUCUUUCAAUCGAGGAGAGAGAAACGGAAAGGCCUCUCCUUUACGGAGGGAUCCGGUGAAGCUAUUAUCGUUAUGGCUAUGGCUAUGGCUAGGGUUAGGGUUUGACGAGCCAGAGUGAAUUCGUCCGAAGAAGGAGAAGAACUAUAUAUAUACAAAAAACCCUAGAAGAUCUUCUUUGGGUUUUUCUUUAAUGGCUCGGAAGGGGAACUCGUUUGCCCUAUUGUUAGAUGAGGAGGGAGACGAUGUCACGACCCUUGUCGCCAACGUUGCGGCUAAGGUCGCGUCUUCUCCUCCACCUGUGGAAAAGAAGGAACCGCAGCCGCCGCAGCCUCAGCGGAAGAAUGAGCAAUUUGAUUCUGCGCCUUCGGCGGAAGAUAUUGAAUCCGGUUUCGUGAGAGCGGACCGAGGGAGAGCGAGGGGUAGCCGUGGACGAGGUGGUUCGGGUAGGGAUGGUGGCCAAUUCGGAAACGGACGCGCUGAUGGUUACCAGCGCAACAACUAUGGGGAUUCUGACGCGUUUGCACCUUCUGAUGAUAGUACGCGAGGGCGUGGUGGGCGUGGUAGGGGGAGAGGUGGGCGUGGUCGUGGGAGAGGAAGAUUCAGUGAGGAUCGUGGAUUGGGUAAUGAAGGUCUGCAGGGCUAUGGUGACGGUGAAAAUCAAGUUCAGGGUGGUACUGGUGAUGGUUCGGAGGAGAAAGGCGACUCUCAGGGUCGACAAUUUAGGAAUGAAAACAGGCCGUUUAGAAACGAUUAUCGGAAUGAGGGUGGUGAAAGAAGGGGCUAUGCCGGUAAUGAGGGUGGUGAUAGAAGGGGCUAUGGUGGUAAUGAGGGUGGUGAAAGAAGGGGCUAUGGUGGUAACGAGGGUGGUGACAGAAGGAGCUAUGGUGGUAACGAGGGUGGUGACAGAAGGGGCUAUGGUGGUGAGAGAAGGAGAUAUCAUGGGGACCGUGACGGGGGCAGGUAUGGUAGGGUCGAAGGACAGAUUGCUUCAGAGAAGAAAGAGGAACAUGGUGAUUCUAAAGAUCAAACUGGGAACAAUGAGAAUAGCAACAAUGAUAGCGAAUGGGCUGCUGCUGAGACCACUGAAGUGCCAAAAGAUGCAGAGAAUGAGCAAGGAAAACCUGAACAAGUGGCACCUCAAGACAUUGCCGACAAGAAGUCUCCAGAGGGAGAAGAAGAGGAUAAUAAAAUGACCCUUGAUGAGUAUGAGAAACUGUUAUCUGACAAAAGAAAAGCUUUGGAAGCGUUGAAGACUGAAGAAAGAAAGGUCACUCUUGACAAAGAUUUUGAGUUGAUGCAAGUUGUUGAGAAAAAGAAAGAGGAAACUCUUUUCAUUAAGCUGAAAUCUGAGAAGGACAAGCUUAGAAAGAAGGAUAGCCUUGAGAAGGAGGAGAAAGUUCGCAAGUCAUUGAACAUAACUGAGUUCCUGGGUGACAAGUACGUGGGUACCACUGGUCGUGGGCGUGGACGGGGUCGCGGACGUGGUGGAUAUAGGGGAGGGCACCAAGGAAGUGAGACUGCUCCUGCACUUCGCAUUGAAGAUCCUGGCCAGUUCCCAGUUUUGGGUGGUGCUGCUGUUAAGGCAUGAUUUUUGUUUGCUAUAUUAGAGUUUUUUUUUUUACCCUUUUUUGGGUUCUCUCCCCCUUUCAAUUUGAUCUGACUGAGGUCAUUGCGGAUUUAGGUUGGUAAGAUUUUGGACCACAAAUUAAUGAAAAAUUUUAAAUUUUUUGGGGCAA